CCGCCGGAGCUACCCAAAUCAGCCGCCGAUUUCAGUUCCUAACGACACCCUUCCUCCUUCUAUUAAUUCCUCUUUGAACCCUAUAAUUUUCUCUCAUAAUUUUUUCCAGAACAAGACUUCUCUUUUACUGCAAUUUUUCACCUUUCCGUCGCCUUGUUUUCAGUGCCGUCUUCGCCGUAAGGUUGAUUUAUGUUACCGUUUUCAAUGGCCUGCUGAUUUUUCUCUAAGAAGUGAAAAAGGACAACCAUAAGGGGACUGAAAUCUGGGCUUUUUUGCUUACUUGGGACUGUCAACAAGAAGAUGGUGAAGCGCAGGAGCUCUCAAAGUAGUACUAUGGAUUUAAAGGGCAGGGACCACGACCUUAUAAUGUAUUCAGCACUCACCACCUUGUGGGGAAAAGCCUCUCCUCGCCCAAAAGUUAAAAAAUUUUGUCAUCAGGGCUAUGUCACGGAACAACAUUUGACGAAUUUCUUGUGUUUUUGCACUCGUCUCGCGGUACUACCGGAUGACUUGGUGUUUGAAAUCUUGAGACGGAUGACAAGUAGGUGUUUGUUGGAAUGCAAGCUAGUUUGCAAGUCUUGGCAAGUAAUGAUUGAAAGCCCUCAAUUUAUGGAGUCUCGGAGUUUGCCGGGCCUGAUUAUUUACUAUGAAGAACCAGACCCGGCUUACCCUGAACCUUUGUUCUCGAAGCGGGAACUGAAUCUAUUUCACUGCAGUCUUAGGGCUGAAGGAGGUCCAGCACAAGAAUUUGAAAUUCUCGGCAAAGUGGCCCCGUCUGUAUGGUGCAAGAGAAGGCAUCGGAUGACACAAAUAAUAGAUGGCCUUGUUUGUGUUUACGGCCUUAAAGUUUUGAAAAUUUGGAACGUUCACACUGGGGAGAGUAUGAGUCUUCCGGAACCCUCUCUGCCCUUCGAUAGUGAUGAUCAACGGUUUCUUUUCCGGAGAAGGUUUUAUUUAGGAUAUGACCCUUCAGCUGGAGUGUAUAAAUUGCUAAAAUUGGCCAUUCCUCGUUACAGCAGUCCACUCGGUGUUUCAGCUGAGAUUCUGACCCUUGGAAACUCAUCAUCUUCUUGGAGAGAAUUGCAGCGUGGUGAUGUUGCUGGUACUGAUUGGCCUCCUGCAAAUGUUAACCUUGAACCUUAUUUUAUAGCUUCGAAUAGUAAUUCAUCUGAUGGGUUCAUCUAUUGGGUUGGGGUUACAGACCAUGGGUCGCCAAGGUUGUUGUCUUUCGAUCUUAGACAGGAAAACUUUCGUUGGAUUACUCUUCCGGAUGAUCUGAUCAUCAGAGACGAUGAGACGUCAAAGUUAAAGUUUCGGGAUUUGAAAAUCACGCAAUCCAUGGGAUAUCUAGCUCUGUGGUUUCCUCCUGGUACGGCCGAAGAUGAUUGUUUUGUAUUGUUCAUAUCGGAGGAUAAGGGUAUCAGCUGGUCUAAGCAUGCAGUUCGCUUACCCCAAGGACUUAGAGAUGAAUCUUUUCAGAAGUUUGUCGAUGUAGUUGGGAAUCUCCCAACUGGUGAGCUUCUGCUGCUUAACCCCAAGGCGGAAACUUCUGCUGUUCCAGUUUAUUCAUAUGAUCAUAUUGAAAAGAAGUUUGGUAAGUUUGUUGUCGGCAAGAUGCCCCAACCGCUUAGGCCCAUCUUAGGCGAAAUUUGCGGCUGUACAUUAAAGAUACCUGUUAUGAUCUCUUGUGGACUUGAAAAUUUAAAACCGUUGGAUGUUGCAUUGAGCCGUGGCGGUUGAGCUAUUUGGAUAUCAGAGGGUGUAUGAUAGUAAUUAUUGUUAUUUAUUUAUGUAAUAAGUUUUAAGAUCAAGGAAGUAUUGCAAAGUUAUAGAUGACAAGUUGGAUUUCAUUGUUGUACUACUAUUUUUUAAUUUUGUAAUUCAUAAUUAUGUCCGAGAGGGGAUGAACUUUCGAAGCUAUUAUAUAAUCUUUUUCUCAAUUCUUACUAGGUUGUCAUAUGGAUUGUGAUGUGUUUGUGUAUGAAUCGAUUUAGUAAGCAUUUUGAGAUUAUUAUUAUUAUUAUUAUUAU